AUGCACUUCUUUGCGAUUGCUGUGGGCCUUUUAGCUCUCAUGAUGCCUCUGUUCGCCCUUCCUCACUCUGAAGCUGAGGUUCUCGAACAGCUUCGAGGAAUUCCGGAUGGUUGGAUCCAGGGAGCUGCUCCUGCAGCUUCUACACCUCUCAAACUCCGCAUCGCUGUCCAUCAACCGAGACAGGCCGAGUUUGAGCAACUGGUCAUUGACAUGUCAACCCCUGAUCACCCAAGUUAUGGUCAGCAUAUGAAGCGCGAUCAGAUGAAGGCAUUUCUUCGACCCAGCAAAGAAGUCUCUGAAGCUAUUCUGGGCUGGCUUCGCUCAGAAGGCGUUCCUGAGGCCGACAUUGAGGACGACGGUGACUGGAUCAAUUUUAAAGUUGCAGUCGGCAAAGCUGAAAGCAUGCUCAAUACACAUUUCUACUACUUUCAGAACAAGGAUGCCGGUAUCCAACGAAUCCGAACACUACAGUACUCUAUCCCACUGGCUCUCCAUGGCUAUGUGCAGAUGAUCCAGCCAACAACGCGCUUUGGCCAACUUCGUCCUCAGGUGAGCAUGGUAAUGGACUCAUUUAAGGCAGAGUCCGAAUAUCAUCCUUCUGGUUACAACGCGACCUUCUGUAAUUACACAGUUACCCCGGAUUGUCUUCGUGGACUGUAUCAGCUCGAUGGCUUUCUGGCGGAUCCCAACGUUGGCAAUUCACUUGGCAUUUCAGGUUUUCUAGACCAAUAUGCCCAGUAUGCGGAGCUGGAGAGAUUUGUCAAUGAAUACGCGACCUACGCAAGAAACGCUUCCUUUGACGUGGUCUCAAUCAAUGGCGGUCUCAACACGCAAAAUGUACCAAAUAGCAUUGACACUGGUGAAGCAAAUUUGGAUAUGCAGUACGGUAUCGCAUUGUCUUACAACACGCCAGUGACCUACUAUACGACUGGCGGUCUGGGUUUGCUGGUGCCAGAUCUCGACCAGCCUGACGCCGCCUCCAACCAGAACGAGCCCUACCUUGACCAGCUGCAAUAUCUUCUCUCCCUCGACGACGACAAGCUCCCAAAGGUACUGACAACAUCAUAUGGUGAGGAUGAGCAGAGUGUGCCUGAAGAAUAUUCGCGCUCGGUGUGUUCCUUGUUUGCUCAACUCGGGAGUCGGGGCACAUCGGUCAUAUUCGCCUCUGGUGAUACUGGUGUUGGUAGCGCUUGUCAAACGAACGAUGGAAAGAACACAACACGGUUUCUACCCAUUUUCCCUGCGGCCUGUCCCUUUGUCACCUCGGUUGGCGGUACUCAACACGUCGAGCCAGAAGAGGCUGUCUCAUUUUCUUCGGGGGGAUUUUCUGACCGCUUCCCUCGACCAGCCUAUCAGGAAGAUGCUGUGGGCGCUUACCUUGAUAGACUCGGAGAUACCUGGGCUGGCCUGUACAACCCUGAUGGCAGGGGUUUCCCAGAUGUUGCCGCGCAAGCGGUCAAUUACAGUGUCUACGAUAAGGGCGUCUUGAAGAAAUUUCUUGGUACCUCGGCUUCUGCGCCUACCUUUGCGGCUAUUGUGGCAGACCUGAACAGCAUUCUCCUUUCCAAAGGCAAACCACAACUUGGGUUCCUGAACCCGUGGAUCUACCAGAAAGGAUACAAGGGUCUGACGGAUAUCGUUGAUGGUGGCUCGAGAGGGUGCAGAGGAUUCAGCAUUUACUCUGGCCUACCGGCACCACGAGUGCCGAAUGCGACGUGGGCGGCUGUUGAAGGUUGGGAUCCAGUCACCGGCUAUGGCACGCCCAUAUUUCCGAAGCUGGUGCAGUUGAUUGAUGUUGGCGGCAACAGCGGAGGCGGCAGCGAUGAUACUUACUCAUCAGUGUGA